AAAGGGGUUUUCUUAUAGCCAAACAUUUAAGCUGGCUUUUGACAAUGGAAAAAAGCAAGUCAUUCCCUGAAUACACCUCGGCUUACUCUGGAGAGUUCGGAUUCCGGGAGAGGUCGAAUUCGUACAACUUCAACGGGCCAACUCAGAAGGGAAGUGGGUUUGCGACAUCAAGUGAUCCAGAACUGCAGAGGAAGAAGAGAGUUGCCUCAUACAACGUGUUUACAAUGGAAGGUAAGGUUAAAACAAGUCUAAAAAAUAGCUUCAAGUGGAUCAAGAACAGGUUCGCCACGGAUGUUCGCUACGAUGCAUGAAUAUGAAGUUACAUAAGAGAGUUUUGUCCCAUAAUCCCACCCUCUUGUGUUCACCUUUACUUGUUGAUUGUAUACAGUUUGUGUGUCAAGGUUAUGAUUUAUAAUCAGAUGGGAAAAUCCCCACCAAAGACCAAAUAUGAAAGAAAAAGGAAAAAAAAUCUUUCUCAAUGCAAAAAUGCACUAAGAGUAUGAUGAUGAUGAUGAUGAUGAUGGCUUGAGGGUGCGGCCAUUUGAAUUGUAAUAUGUUUUGGUUAUAUUUUAAGCUUCAAGUUAUUUUCUUCU